CGAAGAGGGAUAGCCGGCUACGAAACUCGGGGGCGGGAGCGACGGGGCUUGGAGUCGGACUGGUAACCUCUCGGUCUUGACCUAGAGAAUCACCAACCAAAGCCCCGGGGCGACCAUCGCCAUUGACUGUUAGGCCACUUGGCGGUGGUCGUUGAAAAUGGGGAGCGCAGAACUUCUACAAACUGGUUGGGCAACGCCUGGCAGAUCUUUCAUCCGAACAUGCCGCCUUCGAAAAUGGAAGGAUCGAGUUUGCUGGCCGUAUUUAAUAGUUUGGGUUGCUCUGCCAAAUGUGCAAGUCGAUAGGUAUGUCCCACUCUGGCAAGAAGUGAACGGCGUGGGCCUCAUUGAAAUAAUCGUUGAUACUCCGGACGAGUCUGGGGCUGGGGUCCUCCGUCCAUACCACAUGUGGAUAACGCGCAUGCCCGAUCGGAUCAUGGCUCACCUGAGGUUGUUUGCGAAUUCUGAGCCCGUGUAAGGUAUUCACUCUUCUCCGGACAGACAAGUGCAUGGUUUCAAGGAAGCAAACGAUUCAAGGAGAACGGGGUCGAGUCCAAGAGACAUGAUCUCAAGGUAUCGGGCUUUGUGAUUGACCAGCGUCAGCCUCAA